CCAGGAGCCGGAAGUGCCGCCUUAGAGACCGCCCCAGGGAGGGCGGAAGUAAGCUGCGUGAAGGAAGUGGCUGCAGUGAGGGCGGAAGGUGGGGUGGCAGGACCCGAGGCGAGGUUCUGGGCACGCCGGCCUGUGGCCCUUGUCAGGGUCUGGCCAUGGAACUCAGCGCCGACUACCUCCGCGAGAAGCUGCGGCGGGACCUGGAGGCAGAGCAUGUGGAGGUGGAAGACACGACUCACAACCGUUGCGCGACCAGCUUCCGAGUCCUGGUGGUGUCGGCUAAAUUCGAGGGAAAGCCACUGCUCCAGAGACACCGGCUGGUGAAUGAGUGCUUAGCUGAAGAGCUCCCGCACAUCCAUGCCUUUGAGCAGAAAACUCUGACCCCAGAGCAGUGGACCCGAGAGCGGCGGAAAUGAGGGACCCCCGGCCUGAACAGCCAUUAAAUUUUAAAUCAGG